CCACCCGGCGCGGGCCAACCAGGAGGCGGCGUGGCGCAUACGGGAUGAGCGCGCGCGGCGGCGGCGGGCGGCCCGGCCGCGGGUGAGCGCGGCGCGCACUCGGGCGGUGCGCGGAGCGGGCGGUGCCGCCGCGGCGUCCCCGGGCCGGGGCCGGUUUCAUGCAGUUGCCUGUGACCGCUCCUGUUGAGUAAACUGAGACUGGAACAUCUUGUAUCAACUCUUGUACCUGUACCUGCCACGAUGAGAAGUUGCAUAAGAUCUUUUUGGACCCCUGUCUAGCUGAUCCAUGUUUCCAAACUGUCUCUUGUAACAUUAUCAAGCAGCCAAAAUGAAGUUGAAGCAUAACAUCAACCCUGUUCUUUUGCAGUUUAUAAACUUCAUAGUCCUGGUGUACUCCCUUGUAACCUACAUUCCAUGGUACAUCCUUUCAGGAUCAAAGCAGGCUAUAGCAAAAGCCAAGCAGGUUAAAGCCAGGCCUGUGAAUAACAAGCCUGGGGGUGCAUACAGAUCUGUGAACAGUCUGCAUUGCUUAGCUUCAGUUUUAUAUCCUGGGUGUGAUACACUCGACAAAGUUUUUAAAUAUGCUAAAACGAAAUACAAGGACAAAAAACUCUUGGGAACACGUGAAAUUCUGAAAGAGGAAGAUGAAAUCCAGCCAUCAGGAAAGGUUUUUAAAAAGGUCAUCCUUGGCAAGUACACCUGGCUUUCUUACGAAGAUGUGUACAUUAAAGCUGUUAACUUUGGAAAUGGCUUAGCAGUCUUGGGUCAGCAGCCAAAGACUAACAUUGCUAUCUUCUGUGAGACCAGAGCUGAGUGGAUGAUUGCAGCCCAGGCCUGCUUUAUGUGCAACUACCAGCUUGUUACUCUGUACGCCACGCUGGGAGGCCCAGCAAUAGUUCAUGGGCUGAACGAAACAGAGGUGACCACCAUCAUUACUAGUAAAGAGCUGAUGCAAACAAAACUGAAGGAAAUUGUUUCUCAAGUUCCACUACUGCGACAUAUAAUUACAGUGGAUGGCAAACCCACAACGUGGUCAGAGUUCCCCAAGGGUGUCAUUGUUCACACCAUGGCAUCUGUGCAAGCCAUGGGGGCCAAGGCAGACACUGGAAGCAAGCAGCCAUCCAGGCCUGUGCCCUCGGAUAUUGCAGUGAUCAUGUACACAAGUGGAUCCACAGGAAUUCCCAAAGGAGUUAUGAUCUCCCAUUGCAACAUAAUUGCUGGGAUAACUGGAAUGGCUGAGAGGAUCCCAAAUCUGGGGGAAAAAGAUGUUUAUAUUGGGUACCUGCCCCUUGCCCAUGUUCUGGAGCUGAGUGCUGAGCUCGUGUGUCUGUCUCACGGGUGCCGCAUCGGUUACUCUUCCCCUCAGACACUGGCUGACCAGUCUUCUAAAAUAAAGAAAGGAAGCAAAGGGGAUGUUACUACACUUAAGCCAACUCUAAUGGCAGCAGUUCCGGAAAUUAUGGAUCGAAUUUACAAAAAUGUCAUGAAUAAAGUGAAUGAAAUGACCAGUUUCCAGCGGAAUCUAUUUAUCUUGGCCUACAACUACAAAAUGGAACAGAUUUCCAAAGGUUACACUACCCCACUCUGUGACAGCCUGAUCUUCCGCAAGGUGCGGAUGCUGCUGGGCGGGAAGAUCCGCGUGCUGCUGUGCGGCGGCGCGCCGCUCUCGGCGGCCACGCAGCGCUUCAUGAACAUCUGCUUCUGCUGCCCCGUGGGGCAGGGCUACGGCCUCACCGAGUCUGCCGGGGCUGGCACCAUCACCGAAGUUUGGGACUACACUACAGGAAGAGUGGGAGCACCUUUGGUCUGUUGUGAAAUCAAGUUAAUGAACUGGGAAGAAGGUGGAUAUUACAACACUGAUAAACCAUACCCUAGAGGUGAGAUCCUUAUUGGAGGGCAGAAUGUGACUGUGGGCUACUACAAAAAUGAAGCACGGACCAAAAAAGAUUUUACUGUUGAUGAGAAUGGGCAGAGGUGGCUCCAUACUGGAGACAUUGGGGAGUUUCAUCAUGAUGGAUGUCUAAAAAUUAUUGAUCGCAAAAAGGAUCUUGUAAAACUGCAGGCAGGAGAGUAUGUUUCUCUUGGCAAAGUAGAAGCAGCUCUGAAGAAUCUCCCACUGGUGGAUAAUAUUUGUGCAUAUGCAAGCAGCUUCCAUUCUUAUGUCAUUGGAUUUGUUGUGCCAAAUCAAAAGGAGCUUGCAGAACUAGCCCGAAAGAAAGGAUUUAAAGGAACCUGGGAAGAGAUCUGUAACAGUCCUGAGAUGGAAAAAGAGGUUCUGAAGGUGCUAGCUGAGGCUGCCGUGGCAGCCAACCUGGAGAAGUUUGAAAUCCCGGUGAAGAUCCGUUUGAGCCCCGAUCCUUGGACCCCAGAGACUGGUCUGGUGACGGACGCGUUCAAGCUGAAGCGCAAGGAGCUGACGGCGUUCUACCAGCCGGACAUCGAGCGCAUGUACGGAGCCAACGUCAAGUAACCCUCCUCAGCACCACUGCUGCACUGCUGAGCUCGAGCAAAUAGGAAAUACUUGAAUUGCCUGUCUCAACUCAACACUUGAGAGCGACACACAAAACCGCCACUCCUCAUCUCCAGCUUAAACUGUUCUUUCUAAUGACGUCACCGUGAUGACUGGCAAGUUUAGUAAAAUGUUAUGGCAGCAAAUUUGUGUCUGUCUCCUUUUUUCCAGUUUUCUCUGAUACCUUGUCAGUCUGUGGAUUUUCCCGGGUCUUUUUGGGAAACCAUGACUCUGAAGCCUCAAGUUUUUAAACAUUUAUAAAUCCUGUAUAAUGUUUUAUUUGUAUCUUUAAAAUUUGGAUGUAUAUAGAGAGAACUUGGCUAUAUAAGAAAUGGUUAUACUGGGGGCCUUUUUUUACCUAAUUAUUUAAAGAUAAGAAGGUAUUGAUGUUGUGACAUUAUGUACAUUGAAAAUGCUUGUAACAAGGUAAUAGUUGAACAGAGGACCAGGUUAUUUGCUGCUGUGCUAUUUUUCUGUGUAAAUCUGAGGGAGAAAAUGUUUGACAUUCCAGCUCGUGUAAUGCACCUUCAAUAUGUGCCUAAUGGAUACUUUUAUUUUUGUCUGAAAAUGGAAGGAUGGUCGUGGCACAGCUCUGCCUCAAGGCAGCUACUCUUGCAGGUGUUAGUUAAAGCUCCUUUAAUGCAGAAGAUGCUAUUAACACAGCAGAAGUUAAACCUUAGAAUAACCUCUCAGAUACAGAAACUCCUUUUUUAAAUAGCUCGUGACCAUUUCAUCCAGAGCUGAAUUGUGUAGUGCUAAUAUGAACUCUCAUCAUUAAUUUCACCUUAGACUUUACAAGCUUGACUGUGUCCUUUUAACAGAGGGACUGUAGCAACCUUUGUAUUUUCUCAUUAGGUUUGGACAUUACAGUGGGUUUCCUCUUUCAUUGUUUAUGAAGGUUUGGCAAGACCCCUGCUCUGCCCUAGCUGCAACCCAAAUCUUCCUGGGGGGAUUUUUAAAGUCAUAAUGACAGUUAUGUUCUCAGCUCACACAGUGCCUAGCUGCCCUUUGUGCCAUUAAAAAUCUCUCUUUGAUUCUCUGUUCUUUGUGUAGUACUUUUUGCUUUAAAAACAGAUAUUUGAAGCAUUUGUCAGCCAGAGUUAUGUUGCUUGGUUUGUUGCACCUAAUUCUUACUUUGGGAAGGAGUCUCAAUUUCUGUUUCAAUAGGGAUUCGUGGAUGUUGUUUGAAAAAAUAUAGGGGCUCUUUUCAUCUUGAGUGAGAAUGUUCAGAUUCGUUUCAGAUGUGAAUUUUAUUUUCAGAAUAUUUCUGGAAAGAAUAUUCAGGGUUACAUGACAAUGUGAAAAGGCAUGCAUCAGUCAACUUGGUGAUGAAAGAAAUACUAAAAUGGUUUUAAUUUGGAGAUUACUCCAGUGUGUAUAAUUUACUUGUAGUACUAAAACUCAAGGUCCUGAUGCUUACUUAGUGCCCUGCUAUGGUAGCACAUAGCAAUGCUGAAGGCCAGAAGCUUAGUUUGGGAGAGGGAGUUCCUGCUGAUUGUCUUUGUGACUUGAGGUUUUGGGAGGUAUUUGAUCUGCAAAUUCUCAUUUUAUGAACCUCUGAAAUACUUUUAAUUAAUGCUCUCCAUUGAUUAUAGAAAGCAGAUUCAUAGGAGUUGAAGUUUAUCAAGCCAGGUUCCCUGAUGAAGUGAUGAGGUGGUUUGUGCUAAUUAAUUGAUUUCCCCUGCUGCUGUCCAUGACAAACUGUUAACAUUUGGUAAAUUUUGGUGUAAGUAAUCAAAUGAAAAUAGAAGCAACAAAAAGAAAUCAGAACCAUAUUUUUGAGAUUACUGCCUUUAGAUAUCCAGAUCAUGAAUAAAAACCUUGUGACAAAUAGAGAUAAGACAAAUGUUGAAAAAUGACUGAAGAAUCCAAAUGUGGAAAAAUUGCCAAGGCUGUAGGGAAGUGUCACAUCAUGUACUGGACAGUACUAACACUUAAAUUUGUAUCUGUGCUCCAUCAACAGGUUCUUAAAUAGAACUCAGCACAGACUGUACAUUGUUCAAAUGUUUUAGUGACUUUUAGUGAAAAAUAAUAAAUUGCUGAAGUACUAUGUAUAUCACUUGGUGCAUUGUGGAGCAGAUUUAGGAAAAUAAAUCUGCUUUUGGUUAAACAAAUCUGAAGUUAGUAUUUUGUUCUGCUAAGAGUUUUAAUCCCCUUUUGAGAAAUUUCGCAAAGGAAACUUUUAAAAUGGUUUGGAAAUAGUAGUUUUAUUUUCUUUUUUCUAAUCCAGUCACAAGAUGGGGUUGCUGUCUAACUGUGCAUUUGAUUUUACAGUCCAGGUUUUUUAUGUUUAAAAUGGAUGUGAUAUAUAUAUAGUUUCUCUUUCAUUAGACAUUAAGAUUCAUUGUGGACAUUUAUUUCUUCUACAGAAUGUGAAAACAAAGCAGUUCAUUAAGUUUAGUCUCAGUGCUGGAGAUAGAAAGACUUUUAAAAUCCUUUGUGAUGAGUGUGGGGUUUUUUUUCUUUUGAUUUAGAGCAAAAGACAAACUGCACUCCUGCUGGAUUGUGAGUACUCCCGUGUCCCCUUGAGGGACAGUGAUGGGUGUUCAGUCAGGCUGCAGCUCACUGUGGGGCUCCCUCCCCUGCUCCUUCUGGCUGCCACCCCCUGCUCCUGCAUUGCUGAGCACAAGAACAGCUUGGGAGGGAUUUGUCCCAGCCCUGCAGAGAUGCACUGCUUGCCAGCUGGGAAUUCCCUCCAUUUUAAAAAUUUUUUUUUUAAAUUUUUUUUUGUUUGUUUUUUGUGUGUGUCUUCCCAUGCCCUGUGUAACAAAAACAAAAGCACCUGCUGGAAUGCACUGCACUGUCCCAGGGGCUGUGGGCAGGAGCUGAGAACACAAGUGUGUGUUUGGGAGGAGUGGUCUCUGUCACUGUAAUGGAAAGAAGGAGCUGUAACUUGGAACAAUCUGAGUCCAAACGAAGAGCAAGGGGCAUAUACCUCACCUGUAGGGCCCACAAAAGAGGGGGAUUUUUAACAAAACUUUUGUAAAUUGAUACUUUCCAGGUCUCUGAAUCCUUGAAAAUUGUAACUACUUACUCUCUUGUGAAAAUCUAUGUAUUUCAUUAUUAAAAUGGUUGACCAAGAAAUUCCAGGAAUGCUGUGAAUAUCCUUUAAAUUUCACAAUUCUUUUAAAAUUUCCAGGACUAUCAUUCAAUCUAGAUGUAAGUGUUCCUUACAGAGCAUGCUGUUUCUGGGAUAGGUGAGAAAUUCACAAGUUGCAUGUCAGCAAAGAGAGAGUGAGUUUGCUGCUGCAGGUGUCCCGGAGGCAGGAGCACAGCUCAGAGGGAGCUGCAGCUGGGCAGGGACAGGUUCUGCUGAAAUGGCAGGGGACAGCAGUGUGUGACUGGGGCUGAGAACAGAGCAGGUCCCCACACCCACUGCUUUACAGACAGCAUGCAGAGGAGGUAUGGAAUCCAAACCAUACAUCAGGAGCACCCUGUAAAGCUGGUAAGUUUAUGCAGAAAUUGCUAUAGGACAUCAAACUCCUUUGCAAUAACCCUUGUCCUGCUAAAAUUCCACAAACUUUUUGUUCUGUACUAAAACUACAUUUAGGUGAUGCAAUGGAGUAUUUUUAAUUUUUGUUACUGUGGUGUAUUAACUACUUUGGGCUUGGUAUAAAAUCAUGUACAUCUGUUUCUUUACUAGUAAGAGGAACAAUUUUCAACUUGUCUACACCUUGGACCAGGCUGAAACAUGAAUUGAAUGACCAAUUGUAUAUUCUUGUAAUGGGUUAUUUAAUGUAAACUCAUUUUCAAUGUGAUCUUGGUUGUUACUAUGAACUGCCUGAACAUUGUAUACCCUAAUUGAGUUAUAUUGUAUGAAUUAUUUAUUUGUAAUUGGAUAUCAUGUUUCAAAAAUAAAAUUAAUUUCACAAAUUGUGUCCUGUA